ACUUGAACCACCAGCAAACGACACAGCAGAGGUGGCGAUUGAGAAGGAAGACGAUGAAACUUCGCAAGAUGAACAUCCAUCGUGUCAUCGUUGCUGCCAUAGCACUAGCGGCUGUCAUGAUCAUCGGUGCUGACGCUGACAGAAAGCACUGCUUUUGUGAUCUUCGAUGGAGCACGACCCGGUUGGAAGCAGGAGACAGCGCUAAUGGUCUACCGAUAGUUACCAAUCUCGGAGACCCGAGCUACCAUCACUGGCUGAGCGUCGGAUGCCGGAGGGUCCUGCGUGAAUGUCCCGGUGAUUGCAGGGCGGUUGUGCACCAGUACAUGGGAGGCUCGGCGUUCACUGUUGCAUCCGGCCAGGCUGCCUGCGAGAGCGUCCGUCGUAACGCCCCACCGGGCCGUCCCGUCUACGUGUACGCCACGUACGACCCCAGCGUGUGUGCCAAUCGCAGAUGGCAGUACGUCGACCGGCUCUGUUGUUGGGAGAUCAGUUUCACUGGUUACAACAGCAUCUUUCUGCACAACCACCAGUGCGCAGACGAAUGUCCACCGACUGGUUGCUGAGACCUUGAGUAAACUGUAAUCAACCACGCGUUUCUUUAUGUGAACACCAUGACGGAUGGCGAACUGGCGAAGUUCCGUUUCCAUUCGAAGAAUUCAGUAUAACUGCAUGUUUCGUUAAAAUCAGAAAAUGUAAUGUUGACAACUUUGUUUUGGAUUAAAUUAAAAUGCCUGCAUAUACGAUAAAAAGGAAAUUGUUGUGGGGUUAAACUGAUAAAGCUUCGAUUAGAGUGAAAUGUUAUCUUUCUUCUGCCUAGCUGGAUGUAUACAUAAAUGGCACAAUACGGCCAUGAAAAUAUAAAGGAAGUUUUGUAGCUGUCCUCAAGGCUAGUUGAGUAAAAACGCCAAAAGAUUUUAUUGAUAGGUUUUUUAUGGCGUAGCCCAAUCUCAUAAGGUGGUAUUGUAGAAUCUUUACAUUGGUAAUAUUUUUGAUCCCUGUAUAUAAAAAUGGCAACAUGUCCUCAAGGGAUGAUCCCAUGCUAGCUAUGCAAUUGGAUACGGCCCACAUCCAUCUGCGUACACGAGCAUUAGGUUAUGUCUAAAUUACUUGGCUGUGGCUUAAAAUUACGCGUCACUUUAUGAUAAUGGCUACAGCCACAGCCCUUAAUGAGUCGUGGGCAACUUCAAGCCACAACCAAGUCCUGCAGCACGGCCUGACUCGCUCUCAUCGACGUGCGUUUUAAAGGGAGCCCGCUUUAGCGCCUCCGGUCCAAUGAUUUGGGCGAAGAAAAAGGGUCCACUGCCUGUUGCUUAUUGGCAAUGUUUUGCCAACCGUUUCUGGAUGGGAAAUCAUGGACAAUGAGCAGCAGAUAACUGGCGAAAUAAAACCUUUCGUUGAGGGAAUUAAUUCAUAAUAAGUGAACAAGAUGAAUUUCAACGCGGCACACUUUAUUACGGCCUUCCACAGUUGAUUGGA